CAGGUUUGUGAGGCCAACGGAGAUGAGCGAGAAAAGGAUAAAUGAAUAUAUCGAAGGGAAGUAUGGUAAAUUUGGAGUUGACCGUGUUUGGCAUGACACAGCUAUACCAUUUAAGGAUGUUCUUCAACAAUUUGAAGAAUGGUUAACUCAGCAUCAACUGUGGGCAGAAGAGGUGGGCGGGUGUCUUAAUCAAGCAGCAUUUGUAACUUGUGGAAACUGGGAUAUAAAAACAAAAAUUCCUGAACAAUGCAAAGUGGCAAAGGUGAAGCUUCCGUCAUAUUUUAUGGAAUGGAUCAAUCUUAAAGAUGUCUAUCUAAAUUUUUACAAGAGAAGGGCCACAGGAAUGAUGACAAUGAUGAAGGAACUUCAGAUGCCACUGUUGGGAAGUCACCAUCUUGGGUUUGAUGACUCUAAGAACAUAGCUAGGGUGUUGCAACACAUGCUUUCUGAUGGUGCAGUAGUGCAGAUUACAGCAAGGAGGGAUCAUAAUUCUCCUGAGAAGGUUGAAUUUCUAUUCAAGAACAGAAUAAGGUAGUUGAUUCCGGAUGGAUUUCUUUGAGAACUGUUAGUCGUAACUUGUAAGAUGAAGCAGAGAAAGAUACAAUUCUUCAGUUCAAGGUUCUCUUUCUGGCUGGUUCUUGUUCUGCAAUCUCUUGGAAGACCUGAAAGAUAUCUGAGGAUGCCAGAUCCUUGCAUUUUAUCAGGUAACUGUUGGCACCGAGGUUGUUAGAGCUUCAGUGAAAUAAUUCAUCAUUAAUAGUCUUUUUUUUUACCUUUCUUGUUACUGGACCAAUGAAAUGCCUCUAUAUAGUGUUCAAAACUGUGUUUAGAUUUCAUUUUCAU